AUGAAUUCAAGUUCAAGUUCAAGUUCUAGUGAUGAUGAUGACGGUGUUGACCUAUCACAGAUUUUGUUACUUCAUUUCCUCAAGCGCCAGUUUGAGGAUAGAGGGUCGAUUUCCCGGUCACGAAGAAAUAUGCAAUGUAGAACCUGUACCUUAACAGGCCGUGAUUGGGUGGCAGAUGUACUUCAAGGUCAUCCAGUUCGUUGUCAUGAAGCAUUUCGAAUGCCGGUUGAGGUAUUCCAUGCUUUAUGUGGAGUUUUACGGGAUGAUUACGGAUUGAUUGGGUCUGAUAAUGUUGGCAUUCUGGAGAUGGUAGCGAUGUUCGUAUCAAUCUUGGGUCAUGCUCAAGCAAAUAGGGAUAUACAAGAGAGGUUUCAACACUCGGGGGAGACAAUCAGUCGCCUUUUCCACAAGGUAUUGCUAGCAGUAUUGAAACUAUCUAAGGAUAUCAUUCAACCUAGGGGCAACUCAUUGCAUGAAAAGCCAAGGUAUAUAAGGGAGCAUUCCAAAAUUUCAUAUCGUAUAUGUUUCAAGGAUUGCAUUGGGGCACUGGAUGGGACUCAUAUUUCGACAAUGGUCGGACCAGAAAAUAGACAAAGAUAUAUUGGGAGAAAAGGAGUUGCCACCCAGAAUGUUUUAGCUGUGUGUGAUUUCGACAUGAUGUACACUUAUAUAUCGGCAGGAUGGGAGGGAUCGGCUCAUGAUAGUAGGGUACUGGAACAUUCUCUGCGUGUUGAGCGUAUGAAGUUCCCAAAACCGCCACGAGGAAAAUAUUACUUGGUUGAUGCCGGAUAUGCAAACAAGACAGGCUUCCUUGCACCAUACAAGGGCGAGAGGUAUCAUGUUCCUGUAUUUCAGAAUGGAGCACCCGCUUCAGGACCACGUGAAGUAUUCAAUAAGGCACAUGCUCGGCUAAGGAAUGUCAUCGAACGAACAUUCGGAGUGACAAAGAAGAAAUGGCGGAUCCUGAAUGCAAUGACUUCGUAUGACAUUAAGGUACAGGCGAUGAUUGUGAUAGCAUGCAUGGCAUUUCACAAUUUUAUACGCAUCCAUGCUGUCAAUGACGUUGAUUUCAAUGACAUUGGUUCUACGUCUACUGGGGGCGAUCAUUCGGUGUCGGAUCCUGUCCAUGAAGUUACGGAUAAUGGAGUUGAUGAAUAUUUGGUCAUUGAUGAUGCUAACAUGGCUCAGUUUCGUGAUAUGCUUGCCGAUCAACUAUCUAGCGCAAUAUGA